GAGGCCAUAGCAAUGUCAAUUGAAGAAGCUGACGUAUUAAACUACUAUGAAGAUAAUAUCGCGUUAUAUGAACAGAAACGCGAAAAAUUAUGUAAAGCAUUAUCCGACGCAGGGCUUCCAUAUACUGUUCCUCAAGGUUCAUACUUUAUUUUGGCUAAUACGAAACGGCUUAAUAUUCCGAAAGACUACGAAUAUCCCGAAGUCUUAAAUGACCGGCCGAGAGAUUUUAAAGUUUGUUAUUGGAUGGCAAAAGAAAUUGGAGUAGUAGCAAUUCCACCUAGUGAAUUUUAUAGUGAAGAGAAUAGAUAUCUUGGAGAGGAUUAUGCACGAUUCGCAUUUUGUAAAACCGAUGAAACACUGGAAGCAGCAGCAAAAGCUUUAUUAAAAUUGAAAAAAUAUAUUAAAGAAUAA